AUGCAUACUUUUGUUUUUAAUAAUAAUAAUAAUUUUAUAGAUAUACCACCCUGUACCGAGUUUUUAAUCUUUGAUGAUGAAUUUAAUAAAGAAAUUCCUCAAAACUCACUCCCAGAAGGAAUCAAAUGGUUAAAAUUUGGAAAGAAAUUUAACAAAUCCCUUGGUGUUAAUGUAUUGCCAAAAAAACUAGGAAAAAUAGAGUUUGGAGAAGACUUUAAUCAAUCAAUAAUGGAAAAUGUUUUACCAAGUACCAUUUGGUAUAUUAAAAUUGGUAAAAAAUUUAGUCAAACAUUAGAAAAUAUACCAGAAAACACUGCAAAAAUUGAUAUCGACGAACAUAAUCCGAUAAAAGAUUAUUUAAUAAAUAAUAAUAAUAGUAUUUUUUGUAUUAAAACUUUUGUUUUUAAUAAUAAUAAUAAUUUUAAAGAUAUCCCGCCAUCUACCCAGUAUUUAAUCUUUGAUGAUGAAUUUAAUAAAGAAAUUCCUCAAAACUCACUCCCAGAAGGAAUCAAAUGGUUAAAAUUUGGAAAGAAAUUUAACAAAUCCCUUGGUGUUAAUGUAUUGCCAAAAAAACUAGGAAAAAUAGAGUUUGGAGAAGACUUUAACCAACCCAUAAUGGAUCUAUUGCCAGAAACCAUUUGGUAUAUUAAAAUUGGUAAAAAAUACAAACACAAAAUACCAAAAAACAUUAUAGUUAUUGAAAUAGUUUAA